AUGAGUAUCAUGAAUUCAUCUAAAACUAAAGUACAGAAAACAACUUACGAGGCAGCUAGCAGUAAAUUAUCUGCAGUUCAAUUAGGUUAUUAUUAUGAUCCUUUUUUGAAGUAUUUUGUUAAAAAAAUAGAAAAAAGAAGUCCAUUAAUAAAUAGAGGUUAUUAUUCUAGAGUUGUAGCAUUAAGGCAAUAUAUUGAACUUUUUAUGAAAUCAUUAGAUAAUACAAAUUACAUUCAAAUAGUAAACAUUGGAGCUGGUUUAGACACUACAUUUUUUUGGCUAUCUGAAAGAUAUAAAAAUGUUAAAUAUUAUGAGAUAGAUUUUAACGAGAUAUUAUCUGAAAAAACGCGUAUAAUAAAUGAUGUUACAUUAUUGAAAAAUUUUUUAAUAUAUGAUGAAAACAUUGAAGAAGAAAAAAAAGAUUUCAUUAAUUGUGUAAAUUACAAAAUGCUUUAUUCUGAUUUAAAUGAUUGGAAUUCUUUUGAAAAAAACUUACAAAACAAUUCUUUUGAUUUUAAUUUACCUACUCUUUUUAUAUGUGAAUGUGUUCUUAUAUAUUUAGAAAUAGAAAGUAGCGAUAUUUUAAUAAAAAAAUUAAGCGAACUUAUGAAAAAUACUUCUUGUAUAAUUGUAUAUGAGCAAGUUAAUCCAAACACAGCAUUUGGUAAAAUUAUGAUUGACAAUUUUUGUUCUAGAGGUAUAAGCCUAAAAAGUAUUUAUAAAUACAAUAAUUUAGACUUACAAUUAAAGAGAUUUAAAUCAUUAGGUUGGUCUAAUGUGUAUAUAAACGACAUGAAUGAAAUAUAUGAUUAUCAUAUAUGUAAUGAAGAAAAAAAGAAAAUUGAAAAAAUUGAAAUGUUUGAUGAGUUUGAAGAAUGGCGUUUGUUGCAAAAUCAUUAUUUCAUGCUUGUUGCAUUUAAUUGUUACAAUGAUUUAAAUCUAAAAUAUUUAGAAGAUUUUUUUAAAAAAAAAAAAAAGAAAUUAUAA